AUAUGACGAACUAAUGUUUUGUAAUACAUGUGAAUAAUUAGCUACUUGAAAUAAACAAACAUAAAUUCGUGAACAAUGACAAAAACAUUAAAUAUAAUAAAAAGCAUUAAUAAUUUCGAGAAACGCCUUACGCCCUACAUUCAAAUGAAGAAGUCCAGACGUUUAAACCAAAUCUAGUAACUUACAGUGCUGCCACCCGGGGGUGGGGGCAUCUAUAUAAUACAACAUACGCGGCAGCCAUUACAUUUCAGAUCAAAGAAUCGAGCUGAACGUUUGUGUUUUCUAGUUAUAGUUAUACAUAUAUUUUAUAUUAAAUCAAUAUGAGGGAAAUUGUUCACAUCCAAGCCGGUCAAUGCGGUAACCAAAUUGGAGCUAAAUUCUGGGAAAUUAUUUCCGAUGAACACGGUAUCGACCCCACCGGAGCCUACCAUGGAGACUCCGAUCUUCAAUUGGAAAGAAUCAACGUUUACUACAAUGAAGCGUCCGGUGGAAAAUACGUACCGAGGGCAAUCCUCGUCGAUUUGGAACCCGGUACCAUGGAUUCAGUACGUUCCGGUCCGUUCGGUCAAAUUUUCCGACCGGAUAAUUUUGUAUUCGGCCAAUCAGGCGCCGGUAACAACUGGGCGAAGGGUCAUUACACAGAAGGUGCUGAAUUAGUGGAUUCGGUAUUGGACGUUGUGAGAAAAGAAGCCGAAUCGUGUGAUUGUUUACAAGGAUUCCAACUUACACAUUCUCUAGGAGGUGGUACUGGUUCAGGUAUGGGUACCCUCCUUAUUUCAAAAAUCCGUGAAGAAUAUCCGGACAGGAUAAUGAACACGUAUUCAGUAGUCCCCUCGCCGAAAGUGUCAGACACAGUAGUAGAACCUUACAACGCUACGCUUUCCGUUCAUCAAUUGGUAGAAAACACCGACGAAACUUAUUGUAUCGACAACGAAGCUCUCUACGACAUUUGCUUCAGGACUUUGAAACUCACGACGCCGACGUACGGAGAUUUGAAUCAUUUAGUAUCUCUCACCAUGUCCGGAGUAACCACCUGUUUGAGGUUCCCCGGUCAAUUGAACGCCGAUCUUAGGAAAUUGGCGGUAAAUAUGGUACCGUUCCCGCGUCUCCACUUCUUCAUGCCCGGUUUCGCUCCUCUUACGUCGAGAGGUAGCCAGCAAUACAGAGCAUUGACCGUUCCCGAGCUCACUCAGCAAAUGUUCGACGCUAAGAAUAUGAUGGCCGCUUGCGAUCCGAGACACGGUAGAUAUUUGACGGUGGCUGCGGUAUUCAGAGGUAGGAUGUCGAUGAAAGAAGUCGACGAACAGAUGCUCAACAUUCAAAAUAAGAAUAGCAGCUAUUUCGUCGAAUGGAUUCCAAACAACGUUAAGACUGCCGUUUGUGACAUUCCGCCUAGAGGUCUUAAGAUGUCCGCCACAUUCAUCGGUAAUUCAACAGCUAUCCAAGAAUUGUUUAAACGUAUCUCAGAACAAUUCACCGCUAUGUUCAGAAGGAAAGCUUUCUUGCAUUGGUACACCGGAGAAGGUAUGGAUGAAAUGGAAUUCACCGAAGCGGAAUCGAACAUGAACGAUUUGGUGUCUGAAUACCAACAAUACCAAGAAGCCACCGCCGACGAAGACGCCGAAUUCGAUGAAGACCAGGAAGCCGAAGUUGAUGAAAACUAAAAUUUAUAGAUCUGAAAUCGAUAAAAAAACAAAGCUUUAUAACGAUUUUUUUUUUUCGUUUUUAAAUUUUCUCUUUCCUCUUUUUUUCUUUUGUAAGCGUGUUUUUUGUACAGUUUCUACAUUCCCGUUUGUAAAUUUUGAAUACAUUUCUUAAAUUAUUCAAAGACUGACUUUUAGUUGCUUUUUACGUUUUUUCUUGAAAAAAAAAACAAGAAGUGUUGGAUUUUUUAACAUGUUUUUGCAUAUUGUUUUUUUAAUGAAAUAGGCAUUAAAACUGCUGCCAUUACUUCCACUAAA